AUGGCACAAAACCCAAACACCAGCAGUCUGAUUCUGCCGCCGACAGGCAGUGCUGCAGCGUCAGCAGACGCAAAUUCUGCCCAGCAGAAAGCCCAGCCUAGAGGCGGCCAGCAGCAAUACACACAGGCAGACUUGAACCGGAUUGUCAUGGAGUACCUCAACAAAAAAGGGUUUCACAAGACAGAGGCAAUGUUUCGGUUGGAGAGCUCCAAUGCACCCACACCAGCGGUACCGGCACCGUCGCCUGCAACCACGUCGAUGGCCGGCCCUGGCGAGAUCUCCAAGAAAAACGACAAGGCCGACCCCGAGUUGAAAGAGCUCCGCGACAAGGUUCUUCGAACAGAGCGGGAGUUGCGCGAAACGAAAGAUCGCGAGUUACACUUGUCUAAAGAAAAGGAGUUGCGUGCGUUGAAGGAUGAAGAGGAGAAGCAGAGACGAGAAAACGACCCCGAUAUCUACUAUCGCGCAUACAGCAUCUUACGUGGGUGGGUGGAGACGUCGUUGGACUUGUAUAAGCCCGAGUUGCUGCGGUUGUUGUAUCCGUUAUUCGUGCAUUGCUUCUUGGAGUUGGUGGCCAAGGGCCAUGUGAAGAAUGCCAAGAUCUUCUUGGACAAAUUCCAAGACGACCAUCGCAUUUUCCACGGGUUAGAGAUCCAGCAGCUCGCAGGAAUCUCGUUGCCGGAACACUUGCGGGAAAACAGAAUGGCACAGGCGUACCGCAGCAACAAGUACCGUAUUCUAGUGCUGAAAACGACCAUGAACUUGCUUCUCUACUUUUUGCAUGAGAACGAGGCUGUUGGCGGCACCGUGUUGAUUCGCAUCAUUAACCAGUACCUCAACCCAAUCAUUUCCACCACGCGGCCCGAUAAAAUCGAUCAGGAAGGUGCAUCGAACCCGGCUGAAGGCAUUCCGGGCUAUAUCGCCCUGACCAACGAGGUGGACAAGUUUAAUGAGCAACCUGUCCUUCUUGGCAAGAUGCCGUUGGACGCUGACGUUGAAAAGGAGGUGGAGGCUGAACUCAAGGUCAAAGAUGAAACCACAGAGAAAGUGAACGGUAAAUCACUAGUGGAAGAGUUUGCACAGAUGGCGGCGCCUGACGACGAUUCUCCUGCGCCCGAUUCCUUGCCGUUGCCCAUGAAAGAUGCCAGCGACAUCCGCCGCAUGAUUCUUGCGGUGGAAGACCUGCGGUCGAAAAUGCGCUUGGGUGCUAUCCAGGCAGCAGCACCUUCUGUGUGCAUGUACACGUUCCACAACACCAACAACGGCAUGACAUGCAUGGAAUUCAACCAGGACUGCAACCUUGUCGCUGGAGGUUUCAACGACAGCUUCAUCAAGCUCUGGAGUCUUGACGGACGGCCGCUCCGACUGGUGGUCAAGCGAGACCCAGCGAAUGGCGACAACACACGACGGUUGGUUGGCCACAGCGGGCCCGUUUACGGUAUGUCGUUUUCGCCCGACAACCGCUACUUGAUUUCAGCCUCUGAAGACAAGACGGCGCGCCUUUGGUCGUUGGACACUUACACGUCGCUAGUGUCGUACAAGGGCCACAACCAGCCGGUGUGGGACGUGAAGUUCUCGCCACUUGGCCACUACUUUGCCACGGCGUCGCACGACCAAACGGCCCGUCUCUGGGCCACAGACCACAUCUACCCGUUGCGGAUCUUUGCGGGCCACAUCAACGACGUGGACUGCGUGGAGUUCCAUCCAAACCUGAGCUACGUGUUUACGGGCUCCUCCGACAAAACCUGCCGCAUGUGGGACGUCCAUACGGGCCACGCGGCACGCGUUUUCAUUGGCCAUACUGGUGCAGUCAAUUGCAUGGCUGUGUCGCCCGACGGCCGCUGGCUUGCAAGCGCAGGCGAAGACAGCGUGGUCAACAUCUGGGACGCAGGCUCUGGCCGCCGUCUCAAGUCCAUGCGUGGCCACGGACGGCUGUCUAUCUACUCGUUGGCGUUUUCGCGCGAUGGCAGUGUGUUGGUGAGCGGCGCAGCAGACAACUCUGUAAGGGUGUGGGACGUGCGGCGCAGCACCGACGAUGCUGGGCCACUUCCAGAGGCAUUUGCAGACGCCGGAAAUAAUAGCACGCUAGCGCCGGAGGGGAAGGCGGAGAAAAGGAAGGAGAUAGUGGCUACUCCGGACCACAUGACCGCGUACUUCACCAAAAAGACGCCCGUGUACAAGGUGCACUUCUCGCGCCGGAACUUGUGUCUUGCGGGGGGCGUGCUUACGGUCUAG